AUGGAAAAUGAUGCUAAUGGCGUACACUUCAGCCAUAUGAGGACAGCAAUCAAGUUGGCCAAGUAUGCAUUGGAUCAUGGCGAAACUCCCGUAGCUUGUAUCUUUGUUCAUUCACCUACUAACAAAAUAGUAGCUUAUGGGUUAAAUGAUACGAAUAAUUCGCUCAGCGGUAUAGCUCAUGCCGAAUUUAUAGGAAUAGACCAAAUAAAGGCUAAAUUUGGCGUUGACAGAUUGUUGGAUGUCUUUAAAGAUCUAGUUUUGUAUGUAACGGUCGAACCUUGCAUCAUGUGUGCAUCUGCUUUGAAACAACUUGGGAUUCAAAAAGUCAUAUUUGGAUGUGGUAAUGAGAGAUUUGGAGGUAACGGGACAAUUUUGUCAAUAAACAAAGACGAUUCAACGAGAUCUCCAUCGGGAUUAGUCUAUGAAUCAUUUCCUGGCAUAUUUAGAAAGGAAGCAGUUAUGCUACUGAGAUAUUUCUAUGUGAAAGAAAAUGACCAUGCCCCAACUCCGAGAAAUAAAAGUGAUAGGAACUUGGACACCGAAACUUUCCCUGAUAUGGAAUGGUCAAAAUAUGUGGAACGUAGCCAGUUUGCACAAGAAUUCGGCUCUCAAUAUUUAGAAAUAUUUGAUUGCAAUCAGGAUUUACCACAAUUUUCUACAGUAGACUGUGAUCUUAUCGAUAAUCCGUGUGAUGAUAUUAUUAACUAUUUAGAAACACAAAUCAAUAGCUUCCACUUAGAUAAUAUUCACAAAAAGAUCAAACUUGCAAAGUAA